AACACUGUAACAGUGUUAAUGUACCAUGAUAAAAACUUAAAAACGAUGAUCGUUAUAUUUUGUAAUUUUGUGUCGUGUUCGUGUAAUUUACUAAUUUGCAUGAUAAAUUAAUAUUGAACCACGCGAUUGAUUUUAAAGUAUUUUGUUAGUGAAUUUUUAUGUUAUUGAUCUAAUAUUUUUUUAAAUGAACGUUUCUAAAGUAGAAAUCAAUUCGUCGUUGGUCGACAAAUCGACUAAUGUGGUUCAUCCUGUGAUAUCAGAUGUCGUUCAAAAUGUUGAUUUGGAAUUGCAACAGCCCUUAAAAAAAAAAAAAAUGUUAAUUGAAAAAGGAGAAAAAGUUKUUAUGGUUAAUCUCUAUAAAUCCAAAAUCCUAAAACAACCGAAAAUUAAAUAUGAUGUUUUAAUGGAAACUCUAUCAAAAGAAACCAAUUAUGAAUUGGAUUCAAUUAAAAAGACUAUAAAUGAGUACAAUAUAACAGGUAAAUAUGAGUCACCGUCCAGAAAAAAAAAUCGUAUGACAAUCAACAAUACAAUUGACGAUUUARUUAAAAAUGCGAUUCUUCAAAAGAUUCAUGCAUUUUGGGUUAGGCAUCAAAUUCCAUCAUUCCAUAAAAUUCUAAAGGCCAUUAAGAAUGAUCCCGACCUUCCGAAUAUGUCUCAAACGUCUUUGAAGUGCACAUUAAAGAAGUUGAAUUUUGAAUAUUUUAAUACAAAAAAUCAGAAACUUGGAUUAAUUGAAAGAAAAGAGGUYGUGUUAUGGCGACAAAAAUACAUUAGAGACUUACGUCGUUAUCGUAGUGAAGGUCGAACCAUUUAUUAUUUAGAUGAAAUGAGUGUGUAUGUCGACGACUUUAAUAUUAACGACUGGAUAGAUGCUAAGACAAAAUCUCAAACAAAUUCAUUUUCGUUGGAAAAUCYAACUGCCAAAGAGAAAUUUAUUAUAGUAGUCCAUAUAGCUUCUAUUGAAGGCUUUGUCGAAGGUGGACUGUUCUGUUUUAAAUCGAAUAAGAAUGAAAUCAAAGACGAAACUUUUUACGAAUGGUUUUGUGGGGUUUUGCCUAGAUUAAAUGACAAUUGUAUUAUAGUAAUGGACAACGCUUCGUACCAUUUGUCCAAAAAGAACCUCAUUCCCACAAUGGAUUGGAGAAAGAAAAAUAUAAUUAAAUGGUUGGUAUCCAAAAACUGUGCAGUUGAUAAUCAGAUGGUCAAGUGCCAAUUAAUGGAAAUGGUAGAUCAAGUCAGUCCUGUUUAUGAUAAAUAUUUAAUAGAUGAAGAAGCGUUAAAAACUAACAAAGUGGUUUUACGUUUUCCUCCUUAUCACAAUCAGCUGAAUCCUUUUGACUUAGUGUGGCCGGUAGUAAAAAAUCACAUAGAUGAAAACAAGRUGACUGGCAAGUUGACUGAUGUACAGAAACUACUCAACGAUGGUGUCCAGUGUGUAACACCCGACAUGUGGGCCAGUUUCAUCAGCUGUACAGUCGAGGAGGAAGAUAAAUUGUACAAUCUCGAAUUCAUUAUAGACGAAAUAUUAGAUGAAGCAUCGGACGUGACAAGAGAUAUUUCAGAUAUUUCUGAUUAAUAUGACGUAUGCAUUGUUUUAUAAUUUAAGAUUGGUAAUUGUAUACAUUUUUGUUUAUCAUCAUAAUAUACAUAUUUUA